AUGGUCAAUGAACCUCUGGAACGUUUGGGCGGCACUACGAAGACCGAACGGCAUGCGGACGAACUCAAAGAGACCGAAGGUUGUGGUGACGGCGGUUUUAGGGAUGUCCUCAGGCGCGAUCGGAAUCUGAUGAAAGACACACACCACGUCAAUCUUCGAGAAAACCGCUUUGCCGAGAAGGGCUCCAGCAAAAUCCUGAAGAUGAGGUACUGGGUACUGAUCGGGAAUGAUGGCGUUGUUAAGGACACGAUGGUCGCCACAGGGUCUUCAGCCGUCUGGUGUCGCCUUGGGCAACAUGUGCAGGGGGGACGCCCAGGGGCUCUGGGUCAGCCAAAUGAUCCCAAGUUGCAACAUGUGUUCAAACUCCGCCUUCGCGGCCUGGAAACGCUUCGGGGCUAG